AUGGCAGGCAUUCUAGCCACACGAGAUCAGGAGAACCUCCUCCACGCGCAGCAGACCACGGCUGCCACGAAGCCGCUGAACCAAGGGGCCCGGACCCUGCAUCCAAAGACACCAGGAAAUCUGAAGACUCCUUUUCGACCGUCGAAGAAUGACGAGAACCUGCUUGUUCAUUUCAAUGGACAGAAAGCUUUGGAUAAAGAUGGAGCGAGCAAGUUAGACAAGAGUACAUUUGUUACACCUUUGAUUCCACGCACUCGAGCACCGCUUGGGGUCAAGACGACCAACGCCAAAACUCAAGCAUUCCACACGCCUGCUCCCGCUCCUUUGGCGACAAAGCGGCCUGGAACUGGCCAGAAGCCCUCUGCGUCUCGUCGCUCAGGAAAGUCCAAGAUCGCAGUCGCUCCCUCUGAACCAGUCGACAACGACGUCUUGGUGAAAAGACAGACACAGGAACAAGAACCAGAUUUUGGAUACGCACCACCACCUCCAAUCGAGCUACCGGAUCCUCCGAUAGAGUUUGGAGAAGAUGUGCUACUUACUGAGGAGCUACGAGCCGGCUAUGGAGUGGUCUACCCAUACAAUUCCCCCAAAAAUGAGAGUGGCACGUCGAUACGUCUUAGAAAGGAAGAAGCGGAAUGGCAGCAAUUCGAUGCCGCCCGUAUGAACCAAAGCUUCGAUGGUAUCGCCGAGCCUGUCUUUCCUGGACCCAGUAAACUAGACGCACAAGUCGACGACAUGAUUGCAGCCGGACCCAAGAAGAAACGACCGGAACUUUCAAGAGUUGAUACCAUGCAAGCGAAAUCUGCUGCUGCUGCACUCUCUAGCUCACGAUUACACCUGCCUGCUGCAACCAGGAAAACUACUCAGGCGUCAGAGCAGAAGAAGAAACUAAUUCUUCCCGUCACGAGAGCCACGCAAUCGACUUUAGCGCAGCGUUUGUCCUCAUCUCGCACCGUUCAUCCUGCCGUGUCUAAAAAUACUAUCGGGUUUCCCAAAGCAAAGAAGCCCCAAUCCAUCAUUCCCAGAAGUGCCGAAUUUGGAAGAAGCGGAACUACCUCAGUCUCGAAACCCAUCAAGAUCUCGCAAGCAUCGAUCCAUCCCCGCGAUUUCCGCGAUUUAUACGGCUCACCACCCGAAGAAAGUGACAUGUGGUUCCGGCUCAAGCAGUACGAGUUGCUGGAGCGAGACAUGGCUCAGGACGAGGGUGAUGAUCUCGCUGAUGAGCUGUUUGAAACCGACUUCUUCCCUUUCGGAAACGCAAAGCUGGACGACGAGGACUUCCAACUGCCUAUACCCCAGUGA